AUGCCUCAAUCAACUUUUAAACAAUAUUUUCUCCCCGAGAAGCGGGGAUUCCAAUGCCUGACCCUCCGUGAUGUUCCCAAGACUUCUCCCAAUUAUGGGCAGAUCCUGGUACGAAUCAAGGCGGUCUCUUUAAACUGGAGAGAUGGCAUCAUUGCUAUGGGAACUUACCCCUUUCCUGGCCCCGAUGCCCUUGUGCCCGGCAGUGACGGUGCAGGUAUCGUUGAGGAAGUCGGCGAAGGUGUCACUGAAUGGAAGGUUGGUGACCGGGUUCUUGCCAACUUCACCCAAGACCAUAUAGCUGGCCGACUCAACCCUCAAUCUCUCUUAUCCCAACUCGGAGGGGAGAUCCAAGGUCUUUUGGGGGAGUUUUUUAUUUUCCCAAAAACGGGAGUUGUUCGCAUUCCAGAUUAUCUCUCUUUCGAAGAAGCCUCCUGUCUCCCGUGUGCGGCCCUUACUGCCUGGAAUGCAUUGUACGGAUUGAGCCCUAUCCGGCCCGGUCAGACUGUUGUCUUACAAGGCACUGGUGGCGUCUCAACCUUUGGGUUGCAGAUUGCUGUUGCAGCUGGUGCAGAAACUAUUGUGACAUCGUCAUCAGAUGACAAAUUAGUCAAAGCGAAACAAUUGGGUGCAACCCACACAGUCAAUUACAAGACAAACCCAGACUGGGCUGCGGAGGUGAAGAGAAUCACGAACGGCCACGGAGCUGACCACAUAAUCGAAGUUGGUGGAACUCUCACUUUGCAGGCAUCAUUUGAUGCCAUCGCAUUGCAUGGGAUUAUCCAUUGUAUUGGGCAUAUCACGAACCCGGAUCCUCUGGGCGCAGGAAAAGAUCUUCGAGGGCCAGAUGCCGCGUUUCUGGCCUUGGAUCGACUCUGUAUUGUGCGUGGAGUGGUGGUGGGUUCGCGGGAGCAGCUGCAAGAUAUGUUGGAAUGUUUUGAUGCCAAGACUAUUAGGCCGGUGAUUGAUCGCAUCUUCGGGUUCGACAUGGCCAGAGCCGCGUAUGAGCACCUGUGGAGUUCGACGCAUACUGGAAAGGUUGUCAUCCGUGUGCCCUGA